UUUGCAAUUUGAUUUGAUUUGACAGCUUCGUUUACAACUGCUACACGCUUGCAGUAUUUCUCAGGACCAGCCUAUCGAGAAUAGACUAUUGAACAGGUGAAUACGUUCCGAAGAAGCAAAGCCCACUAGAAUUUAGUACUAGCAAGAGCGGCGAGCGCACCAAUCCAGUCUCCUCCUCCUCCUCCUCUCUCUAAGAACAAUCGUCAGAGCUCCUGGCAUUGCAGAAUCAACUAACUGCUAGUGGUCCCUUCCGCGCCUCUCCUGCCUAGAGUUGGGUCGGUGAAAGCGGAUGCUUUACUUGCCCGCAGCACUGGUGUUGUUCAGUAGAGGCAGCAAUGGCGUCUGGUCUCCAAGUCACAACACUUGCUGUUGCCCUUGCCCUAGCCUGCCUAGCUAUCACCGUGGAUGCCGUCAGAAAGCAGAGUCUCGAUGUUUGUACACAAGUUCGUACAAUCCGCAACUGCUCAGGACACGGAUUGGACGCGGUACCGCUUAACUUGAAUACAGAAACCCAGCUGCUAGACCUGUCAUAUAACCGACUGGCAAGGUUGGAGGACGACGUACUGGACCAUGUGUGGGGAUUACAAAAUUUCAAUCUGAGUCACAACCAGUUUACAAGUAUGUACGACCUCCAAGUUUCCCCGUUCAUCCUAUCCUUCAAAACGCUGGAUCUAUCAUACAAUAACAUCUCCAUUUUAGAACCGCACUACUUCCAUAACUAUUCCAAAUUUAUUCAAACCAUCCAUCUGUCGCACAAUUCGCUGGAAGUUGUUCCGUCGAAUGCAUUCACCGGCUCUACUAGACUGAGAAACGUGUAUUUGGAACAUAACAAGAUCUCCUCCAUCAGCAGUGAUGCAUUUAGCCAUACAGUGCAGAAUUUGAGACUCUCACACAACCGACUGGCGGUGAUUCCGGAUGGCGUCUGGAACAAAAUGGUUAAUUUCGUGGAACUGUACCUUGAUCACAACCUGUUCACAGAUUUGGCCAACGUAAAUCUGAACAGCUUAAAUGCUGCAUUUUCUUGGCAUAUCCAAAUAUUAUCUCUCGCACACAACAAGAUAGGUGCUCCUCUGGCAGCCUACCCCUUUCAAAAGAUAAGAGGCGUCAAGGAAUUCUUCCUGGACCACAACCUGCUGACAGCUAUUCCGCUGACCGCCCUUCAGUUCUUUUACUAUAACAUGACCAUGGAUAUUUCCCACAACAAGAUAAGCGGUGGCGGUGCUCAUCCAUUCAUAGUGGGAAAAACAAAUAUAUUGGAAUUUUGGGUUGAUCACAAUGAGCUGACUGAGAUCUCUAGCAAUUCCUUCAGUAGCAUGACAUUCCUGGAGAGCCUAUACCUUCGGAACAACAAGAUUGCAAUCAUAUCACCAUUAGCCUUCACAAACAGCAUAUACUUGAAGACCAUAGAUAUAUCUCACAAUGUUAUCGUAACCAUCCCUAUGCCAACAUUCGUGGGUAUGAGAGCACUUCAAACAUUAAAACUCAACAACAACAGUCUGACCAGACUGCCAUUCGUAUCGAUGACCAUGUCUUUCUUAUCUGUGGAUGGGAAUGAGAUAAGUCAUCUCGACGGUGAAAUGUUCAGUACCGCUCACAACACGGGGAUACAAACCCUAUCGCUACGCAACAACAAGAUAACAACGAUUGCCAAUUCAUUCUUCAACCACUUCAAGUUUCGAACGUCUGACUACACUUCUCAGGCGCUGGGCCUUGUGGACUUUGCCGGAAACCCACUGUCCAACUCGACGACAUGCCCGCUGGCUGUACUCGCUGAUGUCUACCAGUGGCCUAACGUUAGUGCAGAGGGGUUGCCCUAUAACGGCAAUUAUAGCGAAGUUCUGCUCGACUCCUUUGACGACCGGCAGCAAGUCAUCCGGAACGAGGUGGCCAGGAUUACGGCUCUGAAGCCAUGUAAAGAGGCAGUUUUGGUGUGCGACUCCAGUGGGUCGCUGGGUUGCAGCUGCAGCAGCUCGAAAAUACGUCAGGCUGCGUUCGACGGUACGCGCUGCGUGGAUGGACUUACGUGCUCAACGUGUGCCAAAGAGGUCAAUUGUCAUUGGGGGAUCUCACCGCCAUCCUCAUACAGCUGUACAUGCCAGAGUGGAAAUCACGUCUUCGAAGGAGCCUGCGUCCGCACUCCGACAACCAUCCCAGCAACUACCCCGUCGACCACGCCAACCACCACCCCGACUACCACGCCAACUACCACCCCGACAACCACUCCGACCACUACCCCAACAACCACUCCGACAACCACACCAACUACCACCCCUACAACCACUCCUACAACCACUCCGACAACCACACCAACCACCACCCCAACAACCACCCCCACAACCACACCAACCACCACCCCAACAACCACCCCUACAACCAAUCCAACAACCACACCAACUACCACUCCUACAACCACUCCGACAACCACUCCGACAACCACACCAACCACCACCCCAACAACCACCCCCACAACCACACCAACCACCACCCCAACAACCACCCCUACAACCACUCCGACAACCACACCAACUACCACCCCUACAACCACUCCGACAACCACACCAACUACCACCCCUACAACCACUCCUACAACCACCCCGACCACCACACCAACCACCACCCCAACAACCACCCCCACAACCACACCAACCACCACC